CUUUCCGAAGUUCCUGCUGGUGACGACGCGAUUUUCAAGGACAUGGCGGGCUUCGCCUUUAAGUUCAUCGCGAGCUGCAACCGCGCGCGAGGUCGAUAUCAUCGUACGAUUCGAGCUGCUGCUACGAAGAUUCGUAACGCUCAGUCCGCUGGACAAAGAGCCGUGGAAGAGCGGGAUGCCGCGAUUGCUCGGCGAAAGUCGGCUGAAGAGAAGUGGCAGGUCGAAAAAAGACGCGCUGUGCAGUUGGAAGAAGGUGUGAAGACAUUGAUCGAUAAGAUCGAGGAGCUGAAGUUGGAGAAUCAGGAUCUGAUCAGCAAUCUUCAAACGGUUAACGAGGCGAAGAUUCAGGCUGAGAAGUCGGUUGCGUCUGAAGUAGCUCGCGUCAAGCGACAUGCCGAGGUCGAGUUGAGGGUCGAGCAUGAGGCGACCGUACGUGACUGCGAGCUGAAACUCGAGGGACUUCGCCUAGCUGAUCUGCAGGAAGGUGACUUGCCUCCGCCAUUUCCCGUGACUCCGGACGGUGGUUCAGACCAUGACAACGCUGAAGAUCAAGAGAAUCGCGAGGAUGGCACUCAGCCUGACCACGAGGGAGGCAAUCAGCCUGAAGAAUAGAUCUCACUCGCCUUUUCCUUAUAUGUUAUGGCCUCUUUCUUUUUACUUAUUUUGCCUCGUUUGUAAG